UUGCGUGUAUGCACACGCUAUAGAAAUGGCUAGCUUGACGGCAGUCGUGAACAACACUGACACUGACAGGCAUUUUUCUGCGUCUCCGCGGGUGCAUUUGGACGCACGAAGGUAGCUGCUGCAGGGGGUACCCAGAGGUACUGCUGCUCUCUGGGGGGCUUCAGUGGCAUGACUGCGAUCGCCGUUGUCUGUGGCAGGAAUAGCGUGACUCUGCCAAACUAAGUUGCUGCAAUGGAGACUUCGUGGAGAGACGCAUACUAUGAAAUAGACCAUCUUCCUCCUCUGCUCGAAGAUGAGGAAAACGUGUCUCUGGCAGACAUCCUGACUUUGCGAGACAGCUGUCUGUGUGAGGAGGAUGUGUGGGCAGUGUGCGCAGAGUGCGUUGUGGCCCUGCAGAGCAUUCGACCCUCCCACCUCUUCCACACCUUGUGCAUCACCCCAGACACGCUUGCCUUCAAUGCGCACGGGAAUGUUUGCUUUAUGGAGCAGCUCAGCGAUGAUCCUGAGGGCCUUUUUGUGCCUCCUGAAUUUGACAAUACGGGCAGCACAUUUGAGGGCCAUGUUUUUUCUCUGGGCUCAACCCUGUCCGCUGCACUGAGUUUUGUGAUCGAACCAGAACUGGAGGCUGAGCUCGGUGAAGAAACUCAAAAGCUGUUGGAGAAAAUGCAGGAAAAGAAACCAGAGGAUCGACCGCUCAUACAGGACAUCCUCUUUCAGGCUCAAGCAAGAUUGCGCAACACCUCGUCGGCAGCCGUGUGCCGUAGAUUGUCUUCUGUCGGACGACGUGUGCUCUCCAUUGAAUCAAUAUCAAAUUUCCAAGAUGGACAAGAGAGCUCUGAGGCAAUUUGGCAACAUGCAAAAUCCCCCCAAAAGACUUCCUUUGAUAUUGGCAAAGACAUCUAUCUGAACACUACUAAGAAGACAAACGGUCUAUCCAGACAACAGGUGUGUUUGGGUUGGGACUCGUCCCUCUGGGCUGAAGAUGCAGACAAUGCAGACAGAUGGCGCAGGGGCUUAGCAGAUGAGCUGGACUGCUCCACAGUCACCAUGAGAGCCCAGCAAAGAUUCAACAGAAUGAAGGGGGCGCUCAAUCGCUCCUGCUCUGUCCCGGACUCCAAUAACCCGCCUUUUCCCACCCCACCACAUGGAAAUAUUAGCGUACCUGUAUCGGACCUAACUGAGAUCGGAGCCAAUGAGCAUUUGUCUUCCAAGUCCGUUUGCGACAAGAGACUCGCUCGAGGAAGGUCCUGCGAGUCGUAUUCGCGGAGUGGCGCAGAAGAUUGUCUGAGCUCACUUGUGGAUGGUCCAACAUCAAGAAGAAAAAAUGAAGACGCUGUCAAGUCUUCAUGUCAUUUUCAAGACUGUCAUGAAGAUACGUUUGAGGAAGGGAGUCCGAAUGUAGCCUCAUCAGGCACGUCGGCCUUUUUAGAAGAUGACAACUCUGGUGCUCAAAUAUCAAAAAAGCACGAGCGCUACGUGAGCAAAAGCAAAUCUCAGGAUGAGUGGAGCCCACUAAGAGAGUUACUGGCUCAUUGUGGACUGGGCCUCACGGUGAAUGAGCUCUGGGCUCUCUGCUACACCUGCCUGUCGUCCCUGCAGACCUAUACUGACUUUCCAGCUUUCUUAUCCCUGGACACGGUGUACAUUAGCCACCAGGGAGAGUUGGUUUUCUUGGCACCCAAAAGCUUUGGAACUGAGGACAGAUUUUAUCUUUCACCUGAAUGUCAAGAGCAUGGAAUUGUAACUGAGAAGGCUUGUGUUUAUGGGGUCGCUGCUAUCUUGUGGACCACGGCAAAGUUCAAUUUGUUACCCAGUCAGAAACUUGUAAUGCCUCGCAAACUGAAGCGACUUCUGCUUGAGAUGGCAAACAACACACCCGUGGGGAGACCUUCUAUUGCCGUGGCUAAACAUAGCUGUUGUGACUACUUAAGCCGUCAAGGGACGAAUGCGGAGACUGUGUGGAAGCAGCUCAUCACGAGGGUCCAUGCGACAGUCUCUCGAUCUAUCGAUGGAGAAGAUUUGGCUUUGGAUGAGUUUGAGUCAAGAUACUUCGCAUAUGAGCAGUGCAACAGUGGACUCCAGCACCCGGAGACCUUCAGUCCCACAAGCACCCCCAUCGUACUGACCAAUGAAGGGGAAGACGGCCCAAAAAAUGGAAUUGACGAGUUGAGGAGACAAAUGGAAAAACAUGACAUGGACGCGGAUUCAGACGCCGGGCUGAGUGAGGGAGACCGCUUGGCCGGGGCCAGCCACCAAAGCCCGUCUGAAGCCCGUUAUACUUGCGAUGACCAGAUGAGUCGUGAUCGCUCAGAGGAAUUGGAGGACAGCCAUUCUCAGCUUUCAGAGCAGCAGCUCAUCUCACUGGGAUCCAGAGCAGAUCUGUACUUCAGGCCGGCCUGGGACUUGGCUUUGUUUGAAGAAGACUGCUUUAGCUCCCAAGUGAUCCAGUAUGCCUUGAGUCUUGGCCAGUACAGAGGAUCGUCGUGCCUGGAUGUGAAAACACAGGAGCUGCAGCAGCAACUGAUGAUUGAAACAAGGAAUCUUAAGAAAAUGAGAACAUUCUACCAGAAACUAAUUCAGCAAGACAGACAAAAAGGAUUUGAAAACAAAGGAAUCCUUUCCAAACUCAAGGCCCAGCUUGAAGAACUGAGAUCUAAAGUGAUCUUCUUGGAUAAUGUCAAGAAAUAUCUUCAGACACAGCGUGUGGAUCAGCGGGGUUUAGACGUGGCACUACUGCCAUCUUUGUCUGCCAGUGGCCUGAAGUCUUUGGCUGCCCAAAGCUCUGAGGACACUUCAUGCUUGAGCUUUGCAACCUGUCAAGGAAAAAGAAAUCUGCAAGCAGGGACUCCUCUCGGUCUCAUGGCAUACCUUUAUGCAAGAAAUGCUGCUUCCGAGGGCUUCAUCCAGCAGUUCCUGUACACGUAUCGCUUUUUCUGCACUUGUGAGCACUUACUGCAGUUUAUCAUGGAGACGUUCAUCAGUGCAGUGAGAGAAGGUCCGGACAGAUCCGAAAAAGAUGCUAACAUCUUCCAUCGCAGUUUGGACUUGUUGCAUGUAUGGAUUCUAGAUUGCAAAACGGUUGACUUCACGCCAAAGUCCAACAUUGUGGAGGUUUUAGAAAACUUCCUUCGUACUGUGGUAAUCCCCGUAGAUAGUCGAGGGCGUGUCCUUCUCGCUGCUCUGCAAAAUCCUCCGAGGACAAUGUGGAGCACAAGGAGAGGGAGUCAAAUCCAAUGUGUGGCUGAGGAUCAGUGGAGGAUAUCAAGAGCGGUGAAAUCUUCAGCUUCCAUUGCAAAAGAGGACUUCUCCAUAGCUGCAGCUCUGCCUGUGCCUUGCUACAUCUCCCUGGUGGAUGAGCCUUCCAGCGGUGAUGAGAAACUCACCUUUAGCCAGAAAAAUUACAGUGUGCAGCAAGUAGCUCAACAACUCACUCUCCUGCAGCAGGACGUUUUCCAAGGAUGUCAUCCAGUCCAUUUCCUCAAUUCCAGAAUACAAGGCAUCAGAGACAAGCCCUUAAGGGAAAACAACUCCUCGGGUACUGGCUCCCAACAAAUUCCACCAGUAGAGCGCAGCAGACUGUCACACGCGUCAGAGUCCGAGUCGCGCCUCCAGCAGCUGCUUGCUUACUCUGACACCGUUAUGAAAUGGAUUGCUGGUGAAAUAGUCAUUUGUGACUCAAUCAAGGAAGAAGUUGCCUUGCUGACCAAGUACCUGUGGAUUGGGAAGCAUUGCUAUGAAUCCCGCAAUUUUGCUACAGCCAUGCAGGUCCUUGAAGGUUUGGAGAACACCAUUGUCAGGCAAUUGCCAGCUUGGAAACAUCUGUCUUCCAAGAUGCUUGAGAUCUUGGAAGAGCUACGAGCCGUGCAGGUGUUUCUGAAGAGUGAUAACAUGUGUCUGAUAGCGGAAGAACAAAAGAGAAGACCUACUCUUCCCUCGGCGCACAUCCUGGCCAUGCAUAUUCAACAGCUGGAAAUCGGAGCCUUCACGCUCACCACUGGCGCUUACAAGUGGACCAAGCUUCGGAGGAUAGCUAAGGUGGUGAGUCAGGUCCACGCCUUCCAGGAGCUGGUAUUCACCUACAGCCCGGACCGGGACAUGCAGGCCUACCUUUGCCGGCGCAUCACCGAGCUCGGCAACUGUGACGUCGGCAGCAGGCUGACUGAGGCUGACGAUGCCGAUUCCCAGCAGUCCGCCGAGCGUCAAACGAGGAGGGUUCAGGAAAUCCUGACAAAGGUGAAGGCCUCCCUCCAGUGAGUCCUGCCCCUACAAGGCCCCAGUCAGGAACCCAUAGCUUAACCGCUGCAAAGAAUUCUCUGUUACCAUGGCAGGCGGCACAAAUGAGAGUUCUCAAACUUUUCUACAACAAACAUUCUAUCAGAUCAGGUAAGACAGCAAGAAAUUGUGAAACGUGACUGUUGGCAAGCACACAUGCUGGCUGGUAAGAGCAUAUCGCAAAUAUGGAGCAUUUAAAAAAAUCAUUUAUAUUCUUGACUUGUAUCCUCUCCAAACCUAGUGCGGCCCGUCUAAAAGUUUGAAAAU